GUGAUUACUGGGUUCACUUCCUCAUUGCUUGAACUUUGGAAGUAAUCAUCAGAGUGUAAACGUUAACUAUUGAUGCACUUAAUCUGAUAAGGUUCUAAUGAAGCUUCAAGAGGACACUGAGAGGAAAGAAGAGAACAUAAUCCAUUCAUCUUAUUCAAUAUCUGAAACAACUCAGCCAUGAAGACGGCCAUUAUGUUUCUACUGGUCUGCGCCGUGAUGGCCCUGACUAACGCUGCUGCUGUUCCAGAAGCAGAGCCGGCUGAAAUGCCAGAGGGACCAUCCAUUCAAGAAGCUGUUCAAGGAGCAGAAGCUGAUGAAAUGCCAGAGGGACCAUCCAUUCAAGAACCUUUCCCAGAAGCAGAAGCUGAUGAAAUGGCAGGAGGACCAUCCACCAAUGAAAGUCAAAGUCGUAUCGCUCAGAGGUCAUCACAAUGUCCAAGUGGUUGGAGUCAUAACAAUGGUCGCUGUUUCCGCUACAUUUCAACACCACAAUCUUGGGCUUGGGCUGAGAUAAGGUGUCAGGCUCUAGGAGGGAACCUUGCAUCAGUGCACAGCCAUGCUGAGUACUUGUUUAUCCAGAGAAUGAUAGUGAGAGCCACAAGGGAGUAUCCACUCACAUGGCUUGGAGGAUCUGAUGCAGAACAGGAGGGUGUGUGGCUGUGGAGUGAUGGUUCACAUUUCACCUACGCUAACUGGUGUCAAUGGGAGCCGAACAACCGUGGUGGUCAGCAGUGUCUUCGGAUGAACUGGGCUAAUGGAAAGUGUUGGGAUGAUUACCAGUGUUGGCCUCGACACCCGUAUGUCUGUGCCAGGAGAGCCCGAUAUUUGGACUAUUCUGUUCCAGAGGCAGAGCCCGAUCACAUGACAGGGGAGGCAGCUUUUGAAGAGGCUUUUCCAGAAGCAGAGCCUGGUGAGGAAAUGACAGAGGAGGCACUGCUUCAAGAAGCUUUUCCAGAAGCGGAGCUCGAGGAGGAAAUGACAGAGGAGGCAUUGCUUCAAGAAGAUGAUGGUCUCGUCAGGUCAGGAGGUUGUCCCAGUGGUUGGACACGCUACGAGACGCGCUGUUUCCGGUUCUAUGUAUCACAAUUGGCAUGGGCUAUAGCAGAGAGAAACUGUCGGACUCGGGGUGGAAACCUUGCAUCAGUGCACAGCUAUGCUGAGUAUAACUUUAUUAAGGGACUGAUAUCGAGGAGAGGGAGGAAACAGUAUAAAAGAAGACUUUUGAAUCCAUGCAUCACUUUCUCCAUCGGCAUCCACUCAGCCAUAAAGAUGAAGUCUGUGUUUCUACUCGUCUGCACCUUCAUGAUCCUGACUUACGCUGCCGCUGUUCAAGGAGCAGAAGCUGAUGAAAUGGCAGGAGGACCAUCCACCAAUGAAAGUCAAAGUCGUAUCGCUAAGAGAUCAUCACAAUGUCCAAGUGUUUGGAGUCAUAACAAUGGUCGCUGUUUCCGCUACAUUUCAACACCACAAACUUGGGCUUGGGCUGAGAAAAGUUGUCAGGCUCUAGGAGGGAACCUUGCAUCCGUGCACAGCCAUGCUGAGUAUGUGUUUAUCCAGGGAAUGAUAGUGAGAGCCACUAAUGGGUAUCCUAACACAUGGAUUGGAGGCUCUGAUGCACAACAGAAUGGUGUUUGGCUCUGGAAUGAUGGUUCACUAUUCGCCUACGCUAACUGGUGUCAAUGGGAGCCGAACAACUCUCAGGCUUCUCAAGGUGUGCAGCACUGUCUUCGGAUGAACUUUGGAGAUGGAAAGUGUUGGGAUGAUUACUGGUGUCUGUCUCGACACCCGUAUGUCUGUGCCAGGAGAGCCUGAUCAUCCUUUGUUUGUCACAGAGACAUGAAGAAAAAGUCAAGAGAACAACUUCCUUUUUUUUUUUCAUCAGUUGCAUAUUUACUCUAAAGCUGAUUAUCUCAUGUCUUUGUUUUUUUAACUUUUAAUGUAAUGCUACUACAGAGAUGAAGAAUGAUCAAUGUGUAAUGGAAAAUUAUGUUAUUGUACUUUCUUAUUCUGAAAAGUGAACUUGUCUUUCCUGUAUCGAGAAAAAAAAUAAAUGUCACAAGAGAA